AUGGCUGCCUCCUCCACAGGUGAUCCCAGGAUAACUACCAAGUCAGAACAAGAUGCCAACAGUUCUGCGCAAGGCCAGCAUGCGGUCAAUACUGAAGUCAACAAUGAACUGCCAGAAACGAACCCAAACGCGAUGCACGGCUUCAAGCUCUUUGCCAUUUUUGCCAUUCCAUCCAUUACAGCCGACUUCCAUGAUACCGCCCAACUGGCCUGGUAUCCAGCUGCGUACUCGCUCACAACAUGCGCAUUGACUCCGCUAGCAGGGAAGUUGAGCUCAAUGUUUCCGCUCCGUUGGAUCUAUGUCUCCUUCUUCUCUAUAUUCCUGAUUGGCAGCCUCGUGUGCGGCUUUGCGCCAAACAGCAACACCUUCAUCGCGGGUCGCGCAAUAGCUGGUAUCGGGGCAUCCGGUGUCGCAAGUGGCGGCUUCGUUAUCGUCCUGACCGUAUCCCCGGAAAAGUCAAAGCCAGUGCUGCUCGGAAUAUGCAGCAGUUGCUUCGCUAUGGGCCUUAUCCUAGCACCCGUCAUUGGUGGAGCAUUUACGCAGUACGCUACUUGGCGGUGGUGUUUCUGGGUUAAUCUUCCUCCUGGUGCUCUGACAUUGCUGGCGAUGCUGUGCUUUUUCAGGCCUCCGUCAAUACAGCGCGACCGGACUGCUGUCCAACGGAUCAUCGACUUGGAUCUCAUCGGUUGUGCUAUUUUCAUUCCGGGUAUCUUCAUGCUUCUUCUUGCUAUGAUGUGGGGCGGUACAAAAGAGUCGUGGGACUCAGCGACGACCAUUGGCCUAUUUGUAGGAUCUGCCGUCAUGCUUAUCAUCUUUGUUUCCUGGGAAGGCUAUAAGGGUGAGGACGCAAUGAUACCGGGUAAUAUGGUUGCCAGACGGACAAUCACCUUUAGUGUCGUGUUCUCAUUCUUCCAUUUCGGUUCUGUCGGUAUUAUGAAUUACUAUCUUCCUGAGUGGUUCCAGGUAGUGGAAGGCGCCAGUCCGUUGGAAAGUGGCACGCGAACUCUGGCUUCGGUGCUCGCUCAAAUAGUCGGGACCCUGUCUGCUGGAUUUCUAGCACGCAAAAUACACUACUACAACCCUUGGCUGUACAUCGGCCCCCUCUUCAUGUGCACUGCAGCAGCACUAUACACACACUUCUCGACCUUUCACACCCCAUCCAGCCAAUGGAUCGGCUUCCAAGUCAUUCAGGGUCUUGGUGUCGGCAUGGCACAGCAAAUGCCAUCGCUCAUCAUCCAGCAUUCCGUGCGCGACAAACCAGAGCUCAUGCCGGCCGCGAUAUCUCUGAACCUAUUCUUCCAGUACUUAGGGGCCACUAUCACGCAAUCCCUUGGCGGUAUCGUAUUUCGCUCAAUCCUACUCCCGGAAUUGGCAGACCAUGCUGGUUUGAAUGCUGAUCAAAUCGCGCUGGUGUCCGCUGCUGGAAUGGCGGAUGUACGUGAUACCGUUGACAAAUAUUUUCCCAAUCUGUUAGAUCUCGUUCUGGAAGCUUAUAAUAAGGCUAUUACUUCAACUUUUUAUGUUGCUGUUGGGACUACAGCUGCGGCGUUCUGCUUGGCUUUUGGGGUGAAGUGGGAGAGAAUUACUGAGAAAGCGACAAAUGGUCCGGAAGAGGCCGUAGCUGAAGAGAAGUAG